AAAACCAGGUGCCCUCGGAGCAGGCUUUAUGUGGCAGAUACUGUUUGCUCUGUGGAAAAUCGGGGGGUUAACUUUUGACUGUGUUUAGUUCUUGAUUUCUAAUGCUGAUAUGCCAUGUGAUCAGUUGGCAAAGUACUAACUUUAAAAAAAAAUAGUAUCCUUUUACCUACGUGAAAGACUACUGUGACAGCCGCCCAUGCUUCAUUUCUUUCUCUCUUGUUUUCCUCUUUUGUUUACAUAUGGACAUUUGCCCUUGAGAAGGCAUGUUUCAAUUUAAAGGCAAUGUCUAUGAUAGGAAAUAGUGAAAGCUAAUUGAUUCAUUUGAAGUUGAGACUUGCAACUUCUACCAAUUAGCACCAUCCUCUAACCUACUGAGUUAAAUGCAAUAGAAUAGCAACUCUACAACUGCUUUGAAACUCUUUUGCCCUCAUUUCAAAGCCCAACUCAUUAUCUUAUUUAGUUAAGAAGCAUGUGGUAUAACUGCGAUAAGGAAGAAAAAGAAAAACGUGUUGUCACUUGAGUGAGACUGUCUUAGUAAUGUUACCAUGUCAGGGUUGGGUGUUUACUGUCCUUUGGAAAAGAACAGGCCUAAACAGUAUCUUCCUCAUCCUGUAGCUAUGAGGAAGGCACUGUGAUUGAGAUCAGAGAUGCCUUCUUAGCUAAUUUUUAAUCAAAUGUAAAUUAACUUUAAAUAUACAGCGAAAGGAUGGGAGUAAAAAGCUGUAUUUAUUUUAAAGGACCUUUUUCACAUAAACUUACUUUCUUGAACAAAAUGUGAGCUACCUAGACAAUGAAAUUGAAAGGUCAGUGGGAGAAACAGAUACAGAAUCAAAGACCUACAUUUAAAUUUUGAGCCUAAGUUAUUGUAUUUUGUAUUCUUAAGUUUUUUUUAUGUAAGAUGAGGUAAAUAAUAUUUAUCUCAGAAUCAUUCUGAAGAUCAAAGGCUUUACAAUCUUGAGCAGUGUCUGGUCCAGGAUAGGUUCUUACUAAAUGGCAGCCAUAUCAAUAAUAAUGAUGAAUAUUAUUGAAGACUUGACCAACCCAAAAAGAAAAAGGACAUGGGGAGCACAAGGGAGAGUGGUAAAAAAUGAACUGAUUAUAUGUGUAUAUAAAAUAGAUUGCAUUAGGUAUCAUGAGGAUUAGUGUGAUAGUGACCUUGUUGCUAAGUGCAAAAGCAAAACAAUGACAUAAAAACAAGUAGGCUAGGCACUCAGUGGAGGAGAGAGAUGGAGGCAGACGCUGCAGGAAAAAAAAGCUGAGUAAAAGGGGCCUUUGAUUCCACAGGCACAAAAAUCCACAGCCAGGAAUUUGCUGCCACCUCUGAGUCAGGCAGGGGGUGGGGGUGGGGAACACCAUUCCUUUAGAGAAUGCCCAGUGGAUUUAGUCUGAGUGUCACAUUUCUUAUUUGGAACAGUGUAGAUAGAAACAAACUCAGCUCACUUGUUUCCUGGGACAGUUGAGUUAGGGGAUGGCUUUCGCAGAGCACUCACCGCUGACCCCUCACCGUCGGGAUCUCUGUAGCCGCUCCAUCUGGCUAGCAAGAAAGAUUCGUUCAGACCUGACAGCUCUUAUGGAAUCUUAUGUGAAGCAUCAGGGCCUGAACGAGGACAUGGACCUGGAUUCCGUGGAUGGUGUGCCAAUGGCAAGCACUGAUCGGUGGAGUGAGCUGCCUGAGGCAGAGCGACUCCUAGAGAACCUCCAAGCUUAUCGUACCUUCCAUGGUAUGUUGAUCAGGCUUUUAGAUGACCAACGGGUGCAUUUUACUCCAGCUAACAGUGACUUCCAUCAGGCAAUACAUACCCUUCUACUCCAAGUUGCUGCCUUUGCUUACCAGCUGGAGGAAUUAAUGGCACUCCUGGAACUCAAGAUCCCCCCCAGUGAGGCUGAUGAGAUGCCUGAAAUUGUUGGAGACGGUGGUCUCUUUGAGAAGAAGCUGUGGGGCCUAAAGGUGCUGCAAGAGCUUUCCCAGUGGACAGUGAGGUCCAUCCAUGACCUUCGUGUCAUUUCUUCUCAUCAGACUGGGAUCUCAGCACAUGGAAGCCGGUAUAUUGCUAAUGACAAGAAAACAUAGCAGUUAGUCCGGCUGGAGUGGCUCGGUUGAGUGUCAAUCUGUGCACUAAAAGGUUGCUGGUUUGAUUUCCUGGUCAGGGCACAUACCUGGGUUGCUGGUUCAAUCCCUGUUGGGGCACAUAUAGAAAGAAGGCAACUGAUUGAUGUUUCUUCUCUCUCUCUCUCUCUUUCCUUCCCUUUGUCUCUGCCUCCCUUCCUCUCUCUAAGCAUGUCCUUGGGUGAAGUUCAACAGCAACAAAAGUAACAGUUACCCAUCUCUCUCUUCCUUUCUUUCCUAAUGGAAUAUUUAUAGUUUUCUGAGGCCUCACUUUCCCAUUCUUAAGUUUUUUAAAACCUUUGAGACCACAGGCAUUUUCAUCGAGUAAGGUUGGAGACCUAGACUAAUGGGAAUACAGGUUUAGUUGGUGGGAGUAUGGGGGUGAUGCUGGGACCGUAUGGGAAUGGGGCAGGGGCACCAUUGUUCCAACUCAAUGCUCUAACCUUUCCUACCCACUAAGUAACCUCUACAGACAUUUGACAUUUAACAGCCUCACAGGGCACAUAUAUAUAUUUUUAACUCUAGUUCUGGAAGACUCUACUAAGAGGACUAUAACAGGAAAUUAAGAAUCAUGGACUCUAUUAAAUUCAAACUCUUGGAAAAUAAAGAUAGUACCUAACAUUUAUUGAGUAUCUACUAUAUUGAAGCAAUAUGCCAGGGGCUUUAUGUAUAUUACCAUUUUUACAACCAUGAUGAGGGACGUGGUGUUAUUCCCAUUUGGCAGAUGAGGUAACAGGUUCACAGAAACAUAUAAUUUGUUUGAGAUGACCCACCUAGCAAAUGGUGCACUAAGUUUGAACUCAGAUCUUUCUGAUUUCAGAGCCUAUAUGCCCUUCACUUAGAGGCCUGAUAUGAACCUCUAUCACUGCACCUUUGCCACAGAGGGUUGGAAAAUGGAUCCAUGGAGUCUAUCCCUAGCACUGAAAAAAACAACCCCCUUACGGUAGUCCCACUAUCUGCAGUUUCACUUUCCAUGGUUUGUUAUCCAUGGUCAACUGCAGUACAAAAAUAUUAAAUGGAAAAUUCCAGAAAUAAGCAAUUUAUAAGUUUUAAGCUGUGUGCUGUCCUGAGUACUGUGAUGAAAUCUCAUGCAGUCUGCUCCAUCCCACCCUGGACAUGAAUCAUUCCUUUGUCCAGGGUAGCCACGCUGUAUACACUGACCCACCCGUUAGUCACUUAGCCAUCUCAGUUAUUAGAGAGAGAUCACAUUCACUUAAUGUUUAUUACAGGAUAUUGUUAUAAUUGUUUUAUUCUUUGUUAUUGUUCAUCUUUUAUUAAGAAAAAACAGGGUUCUCUACUAUCUGCAUUUCAGGCAUCUUCUGGAGGUCUUGGAUGUCUCCCCAUGGAUGAGGGGGGGACUACUGUACAUGUCCUGAAGGGCACAAUGUUAGUGUCAAUGUUGUCCAUUCUCGUCAAAGAAGAGAGCAGUAGAGAUGUGAAGAUUGUGCUUGGGGAAAAGAUUAGGCCCACCUAACUUCUAAACUUGGGAAGCUGGGGGUGUGCGGUAAUGCUUCGUGCUUCAAAAUGUCCACCAAUGUUGGUGAGUUCGGGGUUGGGCACAUAUUUAUUGUAAUCAGCAAUGCUGUAAUACAGUUACUAACCCAAGCAUUCAUGGACGAUGGGGGAAUACUGCUCAGGUUAAAAAGUCACAGAACUACUUCACCACACAUUCUCUGGACUUAGUCAUGAGGAGAGGGUGAGGCCCACUCUGUUCCCAGUGGGAAAGCCAGUGAUACUAAAACAAUACACAGCAAAGCCUCCAUGCUUCACAACAAAGCGGCAGCACUCUGUGUUUAAUGUCUUUGAGAGAAAGAGUAGGACAAGCGCCAACCAGUAAAGGAGGGCAUUAAUGGAAAAGUUCACUGGCAGUUGGGCCUAUGAACUAGUACAAAUGGGAAUCCAAAAGUUCUCAGGUAGGUGUAUCAUUUCAUAACACCAAUCAAUUAAGAUGCAAGACCUUGGAUUGGGGGGUCCAAAUAAAUUCCAUAUACCUAUUUGAAGUUUUUUGUAUUCUUAAAUGAGCCAUGUGUCAGAGAGAGCUAGCUCACAUAGAUUGCAUGAGAUGGAAUGGGUGACUUACCUUUUGUCCUUUCCCACAUGGGUGCAUGAAGUCAAAAUGUGAAAACUCUGUGGUAGGAAUUAAGGCAAUACAAGGGAAGUAAGGCCCCGUUGUUUAGUAUGAAAACAAAGUUGUAUGCAUAUAAGAGAUCAAUAGUAGGUUGGAGUUGGGCAUGGGUUUAAAUGUUAUGGAAUUAAAGGAAGGAGCUCACCCUUACCAGUUUGGCUUAGUGGAUAGAGCGGCCCGCAGACUGAAGGGUCCUGGGUUCGAUUCCAGUCAAAGGCAUGUACCUUAAUUGCAGGCUUGAUCCCCAAUGUGGGGUGUGCAGGAGGCAGCUGAUCUUUUUCUCUCAUCAAUGUUUCUAACUCUCUAUCCCUCUCCCUUCCUCUCUGUAAAAAUCAAUAAAAUAUGUUUAAAAACAAGAAGGAGCUCAAUGAGGACCAGAAAUCACUUAUUUCCGGAGGAGGGAGGAGUUAGUUGUGCCUCCGUGGUUGGAUGAGUAUCAAAUCAAUAGAAAUCAUGAGAGAAACAGGAAAAAGAAGAAUGUGAGGCAAUAAUAUCCCUAGAGGACCAGCUACCCCCUUGAGGUUUAUUGUUUGGUUUUAUUUCAUUUGUGAUUUGGUGUAGGUCGAUAGUCCCCAAUGAGUGCAUAGAGGUUUAUUUAAUUCAAGCUUUUCCUAUUUAAAUUGUUUCUUCUGCUUACAAGCAGUAUUUCUGAUUGAUAAAGUCCUGCUUAUUGGUGUGAAGUUCUUAAGUUUAUAUAGUAUUUUGGGCUCUUUGUUUAAUGGGGAAAGAUGACCAUAAAAUUUCUUAAUGGGAAAUAAAAACCAUUACAAACUUGCUAAAUCUAAAAAGCAUGACCCCUCUUCAAGGGUUUUGCUUCUAUAUUUGGAUGUUGCAGUGCAGAAGUUUCAGGGAUCCUUGGAGCAUGGCAUAAGCUCUGCUGAGUUGCACGUGAAGGAAUGUUUAUGCAUAAGAGGCACAUUUGAAGUGGCAGAGAGUCCAGAAAAGGUACAAGUACUAACCACUGACUGGGAGGAAAUAGGAAGAUGUGUAAGUAGCAGGUCUGUUGAGUGCACCUCCAGCACUGUGCUGUGUAUCCAUUUCUUCAAGAAACUCACAGGCUCCUCCAAAGACAUGUGGGGAGACUCCUCAGAAAAAAAAGAUGAAGGAAGGGGAAAAUGAGCACUUAGCUAUAACAAUAAAGACAUGAGCAUGCAUGGAUCUGCACGUUACACAUUGCAUCAUGCCUACCUGAAGUGGAUGAAACAGACUGAAUGAGGGUUUGACAUUAGGCCAGGGCUGUAGGUGCCUGUCCUAUAACACAGGGAAAAUGGUGACCCUGGGAGUCUAUAUAUUUUUAACCAUCCACAAUCCAAAAGAGAUAUUUGAUCUUUAGAUAUCAGUUCUUUUCCUCAGAUCUGUAUAUGGAUAGGAUCUCUGGGGAAGUAAUAUUUUUAUAUACAUAUAAACUAUAUAUAUAAAUAUGUACAUAUAGCCAUAUCCUAUAUGUGUGUAUAUGAUUAAAAUGCACCAAUUUAGUUCUUUGCCCCUAACUUUUUUAAAAAAUAUAUUUUAUUGAUUUUUUUACAGAGAGGAAGGGAGAGAGAGAGUUAGAAACAUCGAUCAGCUGCCUCCUGCACACCCCCCACUGGGGAUGUGCCUGCAACCAAGGUACAUGCCCCUGACCGGAAUCGAACCCGGGACCCUCAGUCCGCAGGCCGACGCUCCAUCCACUGAGCCAAACUGGCCACGGCUCCCCUAACUCUUAUUUUGUAAAGAGGAUUCCUUCCAUCCCACUGUCUCCAGAAACGCUGCUUUCAUGGGGAAAGAGACUAUUUUCCUGACUGUCAAAGAAUCACAUGUGUGAGAGUUGCUAACUUCCUCCUGCAUUAAUUCAAGAGAGCCAUUUGGAAAAGAUUUGCAAAUUAGCACAAACUUGAAGGCCAAGCAUAGAAUAAAAUUAGCUUUAAGAUAAUCAAGUUUGAGGGAAGUGAGAGUUUUAAUAAAAAUGGAAAGUGUAAAGUCAUAGCCCUGGUAUGGCUGUUAUUUCAGGACGCUAUGGAUCAAAGCCCAGUGGAUGACUCAUGGUGACUGCUGGUCAAACCAUGAGAGGACAAGUAAAUAUUCAGGGAGACAUAUCUGAAAUGUUUAGAAUGACUUUUGUAAAUCCUCACCUUAUGAAGUAGCUGAGAAUAGGGUGGUGGUGGGGGAAGGAGCUUUCAUCAGGAUAAGAAAGGGGUUGGGGAAGAGGAAAAGGAGAAAGAAAAUAGAAUUUGGAUAUAACUUUAAUUGAUUUAUUGUGUGCAUGGGUGCAUAUGUACGUACAUGUGUGUCACCAGCAUUGUUUAGCUCAGGACAUUUAAAAGAAUGGUUUGACUUUUUGUCUCAUUCCACCUAGGCUUAAAGCCUCAGAUCCAAGAAUGGACCUUCUGAAUGAUGAUGGUAUAUUCAAAAAAAUGAAUGUGACAAAAAUUUCCUCUAUCUGCUUAAAGCUUCUGUAGAGCUCAAAGGUCUACAGAUAAAUACAGACAAAAAAAUAUAAUUUGUUCUUUUGAUGUAAUGUGUGUGGGGCAUGAGAUAAGAAAAUCCACGUGCAUGUGAUUCUUAUAGUAAUUGGGUGGAUCAAUUUUGGGCAAAUAGAAAAUAAAAGAUGCAGGAAUGGCUCACAAUAAAGAUCUCACCUCAGCAAGA